AUGGCUUCGCUGAGGACGUCCACGCUGCUCCCGCAGUGCACGUCAUGCAUCAGGAGGGUGACGCGGCAGAAUUUGGACGUCUGGGGGUCCCAGCAGGCUCGCAGCAUCUCCAAGAAGGCGAAGGAGGCAGAGCGCAACAUUAUCGUGAAGCUGCUGAAGGAUGUGCCAAGAUUUGGUCGCGCAGGCUCAUAUGUCCCCCUCAACCCGUCUCUCAUGCGCAACCGAUGGUUCCCCGCACGCGUCGCCGACUAUGUACCCGCUACCCAGAUGAAGCAGCUCAAGGCGCAGGAUGUCGACAUGGCCCGUGACUUCACAUAUGGCGUACGACUGAAUCUGGAGGAGGCCGAAGAAGAGGAGGACGACUUCGCGAAGCAGCCAAAGCACUACGUGCGGCCGAUUGAGAUCAACGUGCUCAGCCCUGAACGAUCUAUGGAACUCCUCGACGCCUUCGUACCACCCACGAUCGACUUCUACCGCCAACGGAUCGAGCAAGAGAGCCAGUCCAGAGACCGCAUGGGUGCGUCUGGUGCGGCAGAUAUCCUGACCGCAGCCGCGAUGGGCAAGAAGGCAAAUGUAGACGCCAUCUACGGAUCCGUCUCGACUGCAGAUCUGGUUGCAACCAUAAGGGGAGCGCUCGCCCACAACGACGAGGCGGCUCGCGUGAUACUGAAUGAGGCGGACGUCAAGUUCCUCUCAGGGCAUGAGGAGGGCGACACAUCGCGUGUGAAGCAGCUGGGCACAUUCAAGGUGGAGAUACGGUUACCUGGCGUAGAGGAGCCUAUGGUGAGGAACAUCCGAGUCAGAGCGAAGACAUCGGAAUCAUGA